AGCAAUCUCGGUUCAGGUGUGAGGUGCCCGAGGUGCAUUCUGGGAAACAGAAGUCCAAAAAUUAAAAAGUCUUUGGGUGCAACGCACCCUCUAGGGGUUAACCCUGACAUCUGUUAACAGUAACUCUGGUACAUUCUUCAUUCCACUUUUAGCUAAUUAUUUUUCUAUUACAGCACACCACAUACUUCAGUUUGACCCUUAACACAUGCAUUUUCUGCCAAAUUUAAUCGAAGCAUGUAUUUAAAUUUAAUGGUGAAAUCUAAUUCCUGAUGAUAAUUAAUGAACAGAAUAGCUGGGGGGAUUGAUUAUUAUAACAAAAUAAAGCUUGUAUUUUUUGCCACAAUCAAAAGAAAAGCCAUUCAGUAAGAAUUUUAUUUUUAUUUUCUAGAAGCAGCCUGAAGUCGGACCGGGGCUCAUCAGCUACUACUUUAAAGGAUGAAGGAACAGAUAAGUUACAUCCAGUUACAUGCAGGACAGGCAAAGAGAUCGAAGUGGAAUGCCAGGACAAGAGCAACGGUUCCCCAGCUGCAUCAUACUGCUCGAUGAAAAGUGACCAGUCGAUGAAUUUUCCACCUAACUUCAGUCAAGAGAAAGAUGUCGCAAGAGAUCCCUACACCCGUCAAAUGAUGAAGGAACACUUGAGGUGUACAGAGUGUAAAGAUCUCCUCAAGAAGCCCGUGUCCAUCCCAUGUGGACACAGUUUCUGCAAAAGCUGCAUCCAAUAUUAUUGGACCAGACCAGCCCAGAUAGGAAAUUUCUCCUGUCCUCAGUGUAGGAAGAGGUUUACAACUCGCCCUGCACUCAGCCUGAACGUGACUCUGGCUAACGUGGUGCAGACGCAUCAGUCGACCAGGUUCAGCCCUGCUCUUUCUGCAAAAUGCUAUGCUGGACCUGGAGACGUGGCCUGUGAUUUCUGCUCUAAGAGUAAGAUCAGAGCAGUGAAAACAUGUCUGACCUGCAGUAUGUCUUACUGUGAAGCUCAUGUGAGGACGCACUACACUGUAAAAGUGCUGCGGAAUCAUGUCCUGAUGGAGCCAGCAAAAGAUCUGAAGCAUGGAGGGGUCAACACACUGGGCAAAGCUAAAACUUCAGCUGAGCAGGUAACCAUCCCUAAUGUUCUUAUAAACAACUUGAUGAAUCUGGUGAAUCAGCUCCAAAAUCGCGUGACUAACCUGGAAGUGAAACAGGAGGACAUGCAGAGAAGUAAAACUGAGAACGAGCCCCAGAGAAAAUGCCUACGCAGGCAACUCGACGAGACACCAGGGUUUAUGUCAGAAGUGCAUGAUUGUGCUGUGCCUAAUUACCAGGUUCCAAAGGAAAGUUUUGAUCUCUGAUUAAGGUGGAGUUAACAUGAAGUCACUCUCUGCAUUCACAGCUUUGGGGUCCUUAAAGCAAGUCACCCUGAACUCCUGUGUAGAGGGUCCUUUUCAAACAGUUUCAUGUUCUUUAUGCCCCAGCUGCACCUGCUUUAGCUCAUGGACAUUAUUCUUCUUUUGGAAUUAUAGAUAACUGUAACUGUAAUUGUUAUUUUUAUUCAUUGUUAUUCCAUUUACAAAGCAGCAAAAGAGUUGAGAGCAAGAAGUUUAGAAUGUAACCCUGACAUUACUCUCUCUCACUCUUUAGUGCUUAUUCCGUAUAGGGUCGCUGGAGACCUGGAGCCUAUCACAGGGCACUCGGGCAUGAGGCACACCCUCAACACAAUCACUCACACACACACAAUUUGGAAACGCCAAUUUACCUACCCUGCAUAUGUACUGUGGGAGGAAACCGGAGUACCCAGGGGAAACCCUCCAAGCACAGAGAGAACAUGCAAAUUACACACACAGGAGGAUUAAUUGCCCCAAAAUAUAAAUAAGUAUGUGUGAGAGUGUGUUUGUGUGUGUGUGCAUGGUUGCUAGAGGUGGACUGGUGGUGUAUUAUUGGACUGUUCUAGCAUUAGCCCUCACGAUAGCCCUGUAAAAUGUAAGGGCUCUUCCUGAAGUAAGGAUGAAUGUUAAGCAUUGUACAGCACUUUUUAUCUCAAGGAAAGUAAACUGGUUACGUUAACAUCACACAUGAACAGAUACAAUUAUACAUGGAUAUAUUGAGGAGCCAACAGAUGAUAGUUGAUAAAUCAAGUGAUAUUUUUGUCAAACAAGGAGUUUUAUCGAGAAAAGGUGUAGAUCAGUGUAGAUAAUUCCUUGAUCCUGAUUGGUCCGAACUGUUAAUUAUUUUCUUUCAACAACAUUAGGCAUCAAGGCUUCAAUUCCUGUUUAUUGAACUCGUUCUGUCAUUUGGUUUACAUGUUCGUGUGCACAUGCACGACAAUUUGCAUUAUUUCUGGAAAUAAAGGAACUUUUUGAUCAGAAACAAACUCCAGGCAUUACCUAUGUGCUAUUUAGAGGUGCAACGAUUAAUUGACGUUGUUGAACAGUUGGCAAAAAAAUUUAUUGUUAAGUAGCUGCUGACAUCAUCAUACGAUUGGUUGAUUGAAUCUCGGGUAAACUGUGAACACUCUGACGCGUAGGUUGAAAAAUGGAAGGGAAAGACUAUGUACUGACGGGCAUUGCCAAGUGACGUGAUGUGGAGAGAACUGUGCUCUUUAGUAAAUUCUCUCUCUUACACACACACACACACACACACACACACUACGCUCCUUAACCAAAGACUUAAUCAUAGUUUUCUUAACAUUUCAGAUUAACUUUUAUAAUUGCCACCUGCCAUCUUAACGCUUUAAAUAAUAGUUAUAUUUUAUUGCUGCUACUUUCUUUAUUAUUUUGUUUAUUGGUUAAUACAUGCACAACGCGACCUCAAGCUUAGUUUAAAAGCUGAUAGCUAAAUAAGAGCUACUAAAUAAUUCUGCCAUUUUCAGUAUAGUGUACUGUGUCAUUUAUUUCACUGGACAACACUCUGACCCAUGACAUAUUGAUAAACAAAAGACUGGUGAAGUUGCAAAUGUUUAGGUAACGCACACAACAAACGUAAGUUUCAUGUUUAUCCUAUUAUUUUUACUAUAGUUUUUUUUUUAUUAAAUAAGUAGUUUAUAAAAUAUCAGCUAUGUAUGUAUGCAUUAUAAGUUUGUACACCUAUUUUCUGUUUAAAUAAAAAAAAAACGAUCCUUGAUGCAGACCCACCU